AUGAGUGAUGAUCAGCAGCAACAACCGGCUGCAGCGGCACCAGCACCUGUACAACCAGGUGAGGAGUCGUGGAAGCGUGCUUGGUCACUGCCAGAGAUGCGUGAUGCGUCGAAAACAUGGACUUUGGCAUCUGAUGCAGGUCUACUCAACUACAUGCAGGACUUUGCCAAUCGUUUGAUCAGUCAGACAAAGGAGUUGGAGGGUCAUGUCGACUCGCUCGUACACGACGUCAAGUCCACCCAUGUCAAAGUACACAACACAUUCGAUCAGUUCCUAAUGUUGUCUCAUUCACAGUUUAUUGAGAACAGAGUGUAUGAGGACAACUCAGAGGUCGACAACAAAGAGGGAACAGAGGUUGCUUCAUCGGCCACAGAGGUAAAGCCAGAGAUAACAGAGGAGAUACUGAUACCAAAGUUCACAACGGCUGUCGCAUUGGGAUUGGCUGCUCUCGAGAAGGCAAACCUUAUAAACUCGGCACUGGAGAGCUCAGAGGCUACUCCAUCAACCAGUCCAUCCAACAUUGUCGAUGCUUCAAACAUUGACGCUCUGUUGGCAGAGGGUGGUGAGCGUCCAGUCGAAGGCGAAGAUCAGCAACAGAAGAAAGUGGAGAAGCUCGAGCACUAUCUCAGAUAUCCACUGCCACACAUCAUUGGUUCACAACAAUUCAAGGAUGAUGACUAUUGUGGAUUGUUCAUCGAAGAGUCAGAUACAGAGUCAAGCGAGGAGGAUGGAAGCGACUCAGAGUCAUCUUCGGAUGAGGAUGAUGGCAUGGUAUUGCCACCAAAUGAGCUGGAGAACAACCCAGAUGGCACUAGCAACACUGUACUCUUGGAGCCAGAUCAAUCACGUCCACCAGUUCUAAUGAGUGUAGAUCAAUCAACAUCAUUCCUUCAAUCAGACUCUCAGGGUGGCAAGAGCUUGUUCCAGGAUGACGACAACCCUUCAUCAUCAAACACAAAGCAGGAGAAGGAGGACACAUCUAGUCUUUUCGAUGAUGAUAUAUUCCCAUCAGAUAAACCAUCGAGCUCGACAUCUACAAAGCCUAAGUCAUCAUUCACAUCGACUUUGUCUGAUAUUCUUGGAGACGACGACAGCAGUGAUCUGUUUGGCGAGAAGCCAGCAGCACCAAAGGAGUCGGAGAAGAAGGUUGAUCCAUUCAAGGACGAGCUCUCGGCCGCACUCGGUGGCGCCAAGAAGCCCAGCAGCAACCCACUCGGUGAAGACUCGCUGUUUGGCGGCGUCAGUGACUCUCCCACCAUCAAGCCAUCAGCUACCACUACCAAGCCCAAGUCAAUGUUUGAUGAUGAUCUGUUUGGCGACUCACCAGCGGCCCCCUCUGAGCCCAAGACAUCAAGCAGCAGCAGCAAAAAGGGUGUAUCCUUUGGAGACGAUCUGUUUGAUGAUGCCCCUGCACCCAAGAAGUCAUCUACAACAUCCACUACAACAUCCACUUCAACUGGCAGGAAGUCAUUCGGCGACCUGUUCUCUGAUGACCUUGAUGAGCCCGCGCCAAAGAAGGACAGCUCAUCCGCUGCACCAAAGAAGUCCAUCAGCUUCCUGGAUGACGACGAUGAUGAUCUGUUUGCACCAAAGCCAAAGUCCAAGCCAGCACCCGCUGCCAAGCCAACGUCCAGCUCACUGUUGGACGAUGGCGACCUCCCAACUGUCGAGGCCCCAGCCAAGGCACCUGCUGCCUCCGCCCCCGUCCCAACCAGUGACAGCGAGCAAGCAGAGGCACCAAAGGCCAAGAAGCCUGUUGGUGGUGUGAAGCUCUUUGACUUUGGUGACGGAGAUGAUCUGCUCGCAGCAGCAAAGAAGAAGACUCCAUCCGAGUCCAAGCCAAAGGAGACAUCGUCCACAGACGAUGAGGGAGGACUAUUUGGUGGCAUCAAGAAGACUGAGGCACCAGCAAAGAAGAAGGACCUGACCUCUGAUAUCUUGGGCAUUGAUGGUGACCUGAUGGACAAGCCAGUGUUGCCAGUGAAGAAGCACACACCAAAGUCCUUUGAUGACUCUGGUGACAUUCUGGGCCUGGCUCAAUCUGCCAAGCCCGCAGAGAAGAAAGAGCCAGCAGUGUCAACGCCCUCCAAGAAGAAUGACUUCUUCUCUUCAAUCGGCGACGAUGAUGACCUGCUCGGAGCAGCAAAGAAGGCAGAUACCAAGCCAAAGGAAUCAACACCAUCCAAGAAAUCCAGCUUCUUUGACGACGACAACAAUGAUCCUCUUGCCUCCAUCCCCAAGAAGCAGGAGGCUGAGGUGCCACCAAAGAAAGAGGAGGCUGCCCCACCAAAGCCUGCCAGCGUCGACUCACCACUCGGCGCACUGGAGAUUCCAGCCGCCGCUCCAGCCCCUGCCAAGACCGAGACCAAGGCACCCCCACCUGCACAGAAGCCAACCAAGUCUAGCUUCUUUGAUGAUGUUGACGACAGUCCCCUUUCAAACAAGUCUAGCGAUCCCGAUUCAUUGUUCUCCGGACUGGGCUCAUCAAACAAAAAGGCAGCACCAGCCGCUGCUGCUCCAGCUGCCAAGAAGGAUUUCUUUGGAGACAGCGAUAUUCUGGGAGCCACAACCACAGCCAAGCCAGCCGUCUCAUCACCACUGGGUGGCGACGAUUCUGACAAUCUCUUUGGUUCAAUCUCCAUCAAGCCAAAGACUCAGGAAAAGAAACCAUCUGCUGUCGCUGCUGCCCUAUCGGACGACCCAUUGAAUCCAACACCCGCCGCUAAGCCCAAGGACUUCUUUGGUGGCCUCGACGACUUUAAGCCAACUGCAGCAGCCAAAUCGGACUCUCUGUUUGGUGACUCCAAGCCAGCCGCAGUGCCAACCAAGACUGGUAAGGACUUCCUCAAUGACUUUGAGGAGAAGCCAACCAAGAAGGCCAACAAGGAUGAUAUCUUUGAUGCACCAGCAGUCUCACCCGCCGCUGAGAAGAAGGAGGACGUAAAGAAGCCUGCUGCCGUUGAGAAGUCUGCUGCCGCCCCAGUCAAGGAGGAGCCAAAGAAGUCAUCAUCCUUGUUUGACGACUCUAGCUUCUCUUUGAGCAUUCCAAAGGCCAAGGACGCUGCUCAACCAAAGACCUCAGGAGGAUUGUUUGGCGACGUUGAUCCACUGUCAAUUCCAAAGGCAUCAUCAGCAAAGUCUGACGCUGCCAAGAAGGCACCAAGUGGAAAGAUUGGCGCUCUGUUGGGAGUGCUGGCAUUGGACCCAUCAAGGAUGGCACCAGGUGCUCAAAUGCCAAAGAAGAAGAAGCAAGAGUCAGAGGAUGAGGAGUCGACGACCCAGGACAGCAAGAGCGACACUGAUGAGAGUGGAAAGGAGAAUGGUGCACCAUCCAUUCCCAGAAGCGUUAGCAGACCAAAACCAGCUGCCACCACAACCGACGACGACGAUGACGAUCAUGAGACCGCCAAGUUGACCCAUACAACAAAGUCCAGACCAAAGAACGCAGGAAGAAGACCACCAACAAGAAAGGGAGGUGCUGCUCAGAGACUGAGCGCCAACACCGAGAGCAGUGAAUCGGACCACAAGGAACCAUCAAUCUUUGACCAAGUUCCAACUACAUCAUCAUCAUCAUCCUCAGACUCUGUUCUGGGUAUUCCAUCGUCCAGCACAAAUGGCACGGCAAAGAAGAAGGAGCCUGUCAUUGACUCUGACCCAUUGGGCAUCCCACCAGCAUCGACAACAACAACAACCAAAUCAACUGCCGCCAAAUCGGCCACAACCAAAGACACUGUAAAAUCAACCACUGCCACUUCACCCGACUCUAUAUUCGAUGACCUGCCUCCAGUCACCGCCACAGCCAAGCCCAAGACCGCUGCAACCAAGUCUUCGGCCAAGAAGGCCGCCGCAACCAAGGACGAUAAGUCUGCCGAUUCAUUGUUUGACGAUAUCGAUGCUAAACCAAAGACUGCCCCCGCCAAGAAGGCUGCCAAGAAACCAGCCGCUGCUGCCGCCGCCGCAGAUGACUUGUUCGAUGACAUUACAACGACCAAGCCAGCUGCCACCAAGGCCAAGGCAUCUGCCAAAGCAAAGAAGACCAACGUCGAUAGUCUCUUCGAUUGA